AUGUCUUGGUUAAAUCCCCGUCUGGCUGCUACUCAAGUGAACAAAUUGAGCAAAUCGGUCAAUCCGUUCAUGACUGCCGAAAAAGCUGAAAGCACCAUACCUACUGAGAAUCAGAAGCAUCUCAGUGAAAGGAAAGACUCUCGUGAAGAUGUCCAUUCGAUUUCUUCGAUUUUCGGAUUGGACUGGAUCCGAAAAACAUCUUCUGAAGCCAGAAAGUCGGAUCAGACGUUGAUCGAAAACGUUCGAGUGCUCAUGGAAGAAGAACGAGAUCGUCAAAUAGAAUUCGAGAGGAUGUGCCGUCUUAACUACUAA